GAUUGCAAUGGAUGCAAAAUCCAAAAAAAUUCCGUUUGUUCUUAUGUCGAAACAAUAUAAAAUUUUACAUUAAUUGUAAGUUAACGCAAAGAAUUUGAUUAAAAAGUUGUGUAAUUUAUUAUACAACAGAUACUAGAGGCUUUUUAUACUUUAUAGUUUUGCAUUCCAGUGUGUAAUAGUGUAGUUUACACCACUAUUUAUAAGAACACUUAUGUUUUGUUCGUUAUCAAACAUUUCAAGAGAAAUGCACGUGUUUAUAUCUUUCUUUCUCAUUCAACAUUUGAUGAACAACUAGGAAUUUCUUGAAACUUUGUUUAAUUUUUACACUUGUUCGAACAUGGCACCGACAAUUCAGACUAAUGGAAGUACAUCUGAAAGAGACAAACGUACAACAAGACCAGUAGAAAAAAGGUCUGAAUUAAUAUGCAGAGUCAAAUUUUGUAAUUCACUGCCCGAUAUUCCAUUUGACCCUAAAUUUAUCACAUAUCCAUUCGAAUCAACUCGGUUUAUUCAAUAUAAUCCAACAUCAUUAGAACGUAACUACAAAUAUGAAGUUCUGACGGAACACGAUUUAGGCGUUGAAAUAGAUCUUAUUAACAAAGAUACCUAUGCUGGAGACGUUAAUGGACAAUUAGAUCCUGCAGAUGAGAAACUUCUUGAAGAAGAUGUUCUUACGCCGCAAGAUUCUAAAAGAUCUAGACAUCACGCCAGAAGCGUUUCUUGGCUUAGACGAACCGAAUAUAUUUCUACCGAACAAACUAGAUUUCAACCGCAAACGGUUGACAAAGUUGAAGCUAAAGUUGGUUAUAGUAUUAAGAAGAAUUUCAAGGAGGAGACAUUAUAUAUGGACAGAGAAAGUCAAAUAAAAGCUAUUGAAAAAACAUUUGAGGAUAAUAAGAAAACAAUCGAUAAACAUUAUAGCAAACCAAACGUUGUACCCAUUGAGAUUUUACCUGUAUAUCCAGAUUUCAAGUUAUGGAAAUAUCCUUGCGCUCAAGUAAUAUUUGAUUCCGACCCUGCGCCAACUGGACGUUCCGUUCCUGCUCAAAUAGAAGAGAUGUCCCAAGCAAUGAUUCGGGGCGUCAUGGACGAAAGCGGCGAACAAUUCGUAGCGUACUUCUUACCUUUAGAAGAAACAUUAGAAAAACGAAGAAGAGAUUUUGCUGCUAAUAUUGAUUACGCGGAUGAAGAAGAAUACGAAUAUAAGAUGGCUAGAGAAUAUAAUUGGAAUGUUAAAAGCAAAGCAUCUAAAGGAUACGAAGAAAAUUAUUUCCUUGUUAUGCGACAAGAUGGAGUCUACUACAAUGAAUUGGAAACUCGUGUACGACUCAGUAAACGCAGGCAAAAAGCAGGUCAACAGCCAAAUAAUACGCGAUUAAUUGUGCGCCAUCGACCAUUAAAUGCUAAUGAAUUCAAAAUGCAAAGAUAUAGAGAAAAACAAUUGGAACCCCCAGGAGAGGAAGAUGAAGACGAGGAAGAGGAAGAAGAAGAGGAGGAAGAAGAAAUGCAGCAAGAGACUGAAAAAGCAGAAGAGAAAGCUGACUCUGAAAAUGAAAGUAAUUCGCGUGCAUCAUCCAAGCAAUCCUCUCGUGCUUCCAGUAAAAGAUCUCGUUCUCCAUCGCGCUCUAAAUCUCGUUCUAAAUCUCGUUCUAAAUCUCCUUCAAAAUCCAAGUCCCGUUCCCGUUCCCGUUCCCGUUCCCGUUCUCGAUCUCGUUCUCGCUCUCUGUCUCGUUCCCGGUCCCGAUCUCGGUCCCAAUCUCGUUCUCCUUCUCCUUCUCCUUCUCCUACUCGUUCUCAUUCUCGUUCUCGUUCACGUUCUCGUUCCCGUUCCCGUUCCCGUUCCCGUUCCCGUUCACGUUCACCAUCCAAAUCGUCAUCUCAUUCCAAGUCGCGAUCAGAGUCACGAUCUCCGUCUAAAUCGCGUAGCAGAUCUAAAUCAAGAUCUGAAUCCCCACAAUCGAGAAAUUCUUCUCGGUCGAGAUCUCGAUCAAAAUCAAAAUCAGCAUCAAGAUCUCGAUCUGGUUCUCCUGCUAAAUCGCCAUCGAAAUCCCCGUCGAAAUCCCCAUCAAAAUCACGGUCAACCUCAAAGUCCAGAUCGAGGUCACGAUCGAGGUCGCGAUCUCAUUCAAAAUCAAGAUCUCCGAGUGGAAGUGGCAGCGCUUCUGGUAGCGGUAGUGCUCAAAGUGCUUCAGAAAGUGAAUAAAUUAAUAUAAGAUGUAUAUAAGCAAUAGUUCCUGCACCUGAAUUAAUAUUUUUAUUUACGUUUGCAAAAUCUUAAUUGAAUUACUUUUAGAACUCCUUGUUUAUAAUGGUACACGAAAAAUGUUUCAUAAAAAGUUUGUGCAAAAACGUUUCAUCAUUUUGAAUAUAUUUAAAGUUAGGGGCUUCUUAUUCUAAACUGUAUAAAAAGUAUUGACAAAGUAAUCAUAUUAUAAUUAUGAUUUCUCAAAACCAGCGUAUAUGAUGGAGAACUUUAUUUUUUGUCAAAAUUAGUUCGUAUAUUUAUGAGAUGUAUUGUAACUUUGUUGCUUUUUUAAGGGGUAACACCACUCUAGAAUUAAAAAAAAAUCGAUUUUUUUAGCUUAAAAUGUACUUUAGACAUCUAAAAACAAUAUGCACUUGGUCCCGAAGUAAAA